GGGGCGAGCAACGGGGCCGCUAUGUCUCAGGCUGUGCAGACAAAUGGAACGCAGCCACUAAGCAAAACGUGGGAGCUCAGCCUGUAUGAACUUCAGAGAACACCUCAGGAAGCAAUAACAGAUGGCUUGGAAAUAGUGGUGUCACCCCGAAGCCUCCACAGUGAGCUGAUGUGUCCUAUUUGUUUGGAUAUGUUGAAAAACACCAUGACUACAAAGGAAUGUCUCCAUCGUUUUUGUGCUGACUGUAUCAUCACAGCCCUCAGGAGUGGAAACAAGGAAUGCCCUACAUGUCGUAAAAAGCUUGUUUCGAAAAGGUCGUUGCGACCCGACCCAAACUUUGAUGCCCUCAUCAGUAAAAUCUAUCCUAGUCGUGAUGAAUAUGAGGCUCAUCAGGAGAGAGUCCUAGCAAGGAUCAGCAAGCACAAUAACCAGCAAGCUCUGAGUCACAGCAUUGAGGAGGGCCUGAAAAUUCAGGCUUUGAACAGACUACAGAGAGGCAAGAAGCAACAGAUAGAGAACGGUAGUGGUGCAGAGGACAAUGGUGAUAGUUCACACUGUAGCAACGCUUCAACUCACAGCAAUCAGGAAGCAGGGCCAAGUAACAAAAGGACCAAAACAUCGGAUGAUUCUGGGCUAGAACUGGACAAUAAUAAUACGACAGUUGCUAUAGACCCAGUACUGGAUGGUGCAAGUGAAAUAGAACUAGUUUUCAGACCGCAUCCUACCCUCAUGGAAAAUGAUGAUAGUGCACAGACAAGAUAUAUAAAGACCUCUGGCAAUGCCACAGUUGAUCACUUAUCCAAGUAUCUAGCUGUGAGACUGGCCUUGGAAGAACUUCGAAGCAAAGGAGAAUCUAAUCAGAUGAAUCUUGAAACAGCGAGUGAGAAGCAGUACACGAUUUAUAUUGCUACAGCUAACGGCCAGUUCACUGUGUUAAAUGGCUCUUUUUCCUUGGAGCUGGUAAGCGAAAAGUACUGGAAAGUGAAUAAGCCUAUGGAACUCUACUAUGCGCCAACAAAGGAACACAAAUAAGCUUGACAGAAGCUUUGAGUUGGAACUGUAAUUGCUUUUAUAGCUCUGGCUUACUUUGAGUGAAACACCAUCCUUUGCAUCAUGGACAUCUGCUGAGAGAGACCUGGAUUUCUUGGUGAAUAUUCUUUACAAUUAGACAGUAUUUUGUGUGAUAUUUAUGUCUCCCCCCCCCCCAGAGGACUGAACGAUCUGUACAUUCCAUUGUUGCUGUCAAACAUGCAUUUUAAUUUGGUGGGUUUUGUUUCAUAUGUGUAAUAUUAG